CUUGUACAAUAAUAAGGCUGGGACAGGGCACUGUGUCAUACAGCAGCAUGACAUGACACAGACCUCAUCAAAGUCUGACAUCCCGUGUAAAGCAAACGCCUGAGUGAAAGGAUCAAGGCGUUUUCCCUUCAGCAUGGCACACUUUGUUGAGUCAAACACCUCCUACCUCCCAUCAAACCAAACAGACAAUAUGAGUUCUUUGAGCAUUUUCGCCAUUUCCCUCCACGGCUUGGUCUCUUCCAUCGGCAUCAUAGAGAACCUCCUCAUCCUCUGGGUGGUGGGCUUCCACGUCCGCCGCACCGUCAUCAGCGUGUGGAUCCUGAACCUCGCGGCCUCCGACCUGCUCGCCACCGCUUUCCUUCCCUUCUUCACCCUCUACAUGGCACUCGGCAACACCUGGACACUGGGCAGGACCUUCUGCCGCAUCUACUCCUCCACCUUCUUCCUCAACAUGUUCGUCAGUGGCUUCCUGCUGGCGGCCAUUUCUAUGGACCGCUGCCUGGUGGUGCUGAGACCAGUCUGGGCCCAGAACCACAGGAGCAUCCGACUUGUGGAGAAGACAUGUGGGGUGAUUUGGGCCUUAGCUGUGGUCUGCACCAUCCCUUUCUACAUAUUCCGUGACACCAUUCCCCUUCCAAAUGGGAAGAUCCUCUGUUACUACAAUUAUAAUGUAUCCCUCCCCAGUCAGCCGUAUGACCUGCAAGCAUUAUUCAAGCAGCGGAAGGAGGCCUUGGUCUUCAUGAAGCUCUUCCUAGCCUUCCUCAUCCCUCUGCUAAUCAUCAUCCUCAGCUACAUCGCCGUGUAUUCCCACUUGGCACGCAGAGGCUACCGACGCUCUUUUCGUUUCGUUCGUCUCGUGGUAGCCGUGGUGGUGAGCUUCAUCCUCUGCUGGGCGCCGUACCAUUUCUUCAUCAUCAUGGAGGUGAUAUCUCCCAGCGGGCACCCUAUGCAGAAAUUCGCAAGCGGGGCCCUCCAGGUCGCGGCGACCCUUGGCUUCCUGAACAGCGUCCUGAACCCUGUUCUGUACGUGUUCAGCUGCCCCGACCUGUGCAGCAAGAUCAGACAUUCCCUGGGUGCGGUGAUGGAGAGCGUACUGGCGGAGGACCUGGCCGAACUGGCCCGGCGCCGCAGCACCGCCCGCAGCUCGUUAAGCACCACCACAGAGUUUAUAAAGAAGCCGUCUUCCGUCGCAACCCUCUGUCUGAAAACAGAGGACCAGGAGCAGGAUGAACGUGUUGCUGAACCAACUGAACUAAUGCUGAACCAACUGCACUGAGAACCAGCAGUCAAUAGAGAAAUGCUGAUAGGAAAUAUAUGAGAAAGGCAUUUAUUUACCUUUUCCCUUGUUUUUUUAACGAUAGCUCAUCAUAUUUACUCUUUAGCCAGCUUCUAUUAGGGAUUAUUACUGGUUAUUACUAUUGUGCACCAUCAGCUAUCAUGACCAUUAGUAGACCGCUGGCUUUUCUGUUAGAAAUUCAAAUUUUCUAAGCUUUGUUAUUCAUUCCUGUCUUAUUCCUUAUAUUUAAGAGUAAAUGUUUGAAUGAUACACUUGUGCAUCACCAUCACUUCACUGCACGUCCCAGGGCAGGGACGGAUGAGAUGACUUGAAGUGGAUAAAGUGUUGCCCACAUUUAUUUUAGAACUUACAAAACUGUCAGCUUCCAGGACAGAAAUCACUUUUGCAGAAAAUGGUUAGAUUGCAUAAGGGCAUUUAGUCAGAAUCACUAUCAAGUAUGUUAUAUAUAUAUAUACGUUUGUGCCUGUUUUGCAGCUCUUGUCCCUCUCAAAUGUAUGAGACCUUCUCGAACAAAACAGAACAAAUACAGCGUUUUUACGUGGAUGUGUCUGAUCGAUGUGUAUAGGUAUUAUUGCUUCUGUUUUUCUCUCUCUCUCUAUUGUGAAAUAAGCUGUUUUCACAUGUGGUCUCACACCAGAUUUUAUCAGCAGCUGCAGGAGCUGACAUGAACAUAUCUCUGUGUGGGUUAGGGUUAGUGACAGUGUACGUCUUAAGUUUUGCAUUGCACAUCUGCUUCAGUUUCCAAUAGUUCACUCCUUGCAUUUUAUAUCUACACUUUGUAAUACUUAUACUGUAAAGUAGCUGUUCUUAACGGUAAUAAAGACAACGAGAAGCA